AUGACUUCAUAUCUAUGGCCAUCGGUCCCGUUCGUAACAAUUACUAUUCUAGUCGGUCUCCAUUGUCUUCCUGCUGGUUAUCUUGGUCUGCUAUGCAAGUUCUACAUUGUAGUGUACCUUCUUUUUAUGUUUAUCGGUUAUCUCUUCUCGUCUAAGAAACAACGUCGAUGUUUACCUUCAGUUGCUAGUUCGAUGUCGUAUGCACUUGUUACAGGUGCUUCGAAUGGCAUUGGUGCUCAGAUUUGUCGAUAUCUUGUUCAGCGUGACUUUAAUUUAAUUAUGGUAGCGCGAUCACGGAGAAAGUUGGAUGCAUUGGCUGAAGAGUUUCAACAAAUGAAUCGAAAAAUCAAAGUACAUGUCAUAGUUCUCGAUCUUACAGAAUCGAAUGCAGCAGAAAAACUAGUCAAUCAUGUGGAUUCAUUGAAAAAUGUGAAUAUCGAUAUUCUAAUUAACAAUGCCGGUCGAGGUUGUACAAGACCAUUUCUUCAAACAGGUUCAAAUAUCAAUGCUUUUGAAGAAAUGAUAGCUUUACAUGUUUCCGUUCCAACCUACCUCAUUCGUCAUUAUUUACCUAAAAUGCGCGACCGACCAUCACGUAUUGUUAAUAUUUCCAGCGAGAUAUCUUACAUGUCUUCACCACGUGCUGCUGUAUAUGCGUCGACAAAAGCGUAUCUAACUCAAUUGACAACUGCUCUUUCGUAUGAGAUUGAACAAAUGAAUGACAAUUCAAACACUUCAUUUCUAUUGGCAACACCUGGACCAACGCUAAAUACUGAAUUCGAUCGUCAUGAUGAAUCUAUCGUGUUUCGUUUUCCAUUUGUCAGUUUAACCGCUGAACAAGUUGCGAAACAAAUUGUCGAUGCUUGCUUGCGUGGUGAUCAGUUUUGUACACCCGGUUGGGCGAAUCAAUUAACCAUAUGGUUAAUGACUAAAGUACCAUUGUCUUUCGCACAUUUUGUCUGUUGGCUUUUAUGGGCAUCGUGGCCUGAAGUCAAACAAUGGCUGCAUGAACGUCGUCAUUUAGUGAUCGUUUGUUUCAAUUUAAUCUUUUUUCUCUUUUUAAUUGCAUGUUUCGUUGCGAUGGAUAAACUUCUGGAAAAUCUUAGGAAGCAAUUGAAAGAAUCUCAGCCCGUCACAACAGAAGAUGAACUGGACUUAUUUACAAAAUAUCUAAAACAAGAACGUGAUGUAACUCAUCCUGAUGCACCUAUAUCACCGAGAAAACUCGACACGCAUAAUGAUAUAACGAAAGCAUACUCACAACAGCACAUGCCAACGAUACCACAAUUUUACGAACACAUUCCAAGUGAUCCGCUUGGCAGAAAAUUACGUGAAGAAGCACGCGCUUUGUUUUUGCAUAGGAAAAGCCAAGAAAUUGUCAAUAGUGAUGAAGUUCACUCCUUAUUAGGAUUAUUAGAAGAGAAUGCAUCACCACCACUUGAUCCUGAAUCGCCCAAAAUAAAUUACGACGAUUUCAUGCGAGUGGUUCGUAAAUCAAGUCCGGAUAUCGCCAAUCUUUUCCCACCAACGAUCUUCGCUGAUCUCUAUCACAAUGAUCCCUAUGGUCGUGUACGUAUUCUUGAUCUUUAUCAGUACACAAUGCGGAAAAUGUGGUACUAUCAUUCUCGAAUGGGUUUAUCACUCUAUGACAGUGUUGGUCAAGGUUAUCUUCGAGAAUCUGACCUGGAAGAUUACAUAUUGGAGUUAAUUCCAACCAUGCAACAAUUAGCACAAUUACAAGCAACAUUCUACAAAUUUUAUGUUUGUACCGCAGUGCGAAAAUUCUUUUUCUUCUUGGAUCCUUUACGUACAGGACGUAUUGCUAUACCGGAUAUACUUUGCAGUGGUUAUUUAGACAAAUUACUCGAAUUACGUGAAGAAGAUGCAGAUGCUGAUGAUCUUGAGAUGAAUUGGUUUUCUUGUCAAUCCGCAUCGAAAAUUUACACGCGUUAUUUGCAAUUAGAUAAAGAUCACAACGGUCUGUUGUCACGAGACGAAUUAGCCAAGUACAAUUCAGGUACUUUGACGCCAGUGUUUAUCGCACGUGUUUUUCAAGAAUGUUUAACUUAUGGUGGUGAAAUGGAUUAUAAAUCGUAUCUCGAUUUUGUUCUUGCACUCGAAAAUCGAAAUUCUCCACAAGGUCUUCGCUAUAUCUUUCAAAUUAUGGACAUUGACAAUAAAGGUUAUUUACACCCAGGAGAUUUGAAUUAUUUUUAUCGAGGUAUGAUUCAAAUGCUAUCUACACGACCAUUAACAGAAGUACCACCAUUCAAUAAUGUUCAAAAUGAGAUAUUUGAUAUGGUUAAACCUGUCGACUCAAUGCGUAUUACAUUGAAAGAUCUCAUCAAUUGUAGUCAAGGUGGUUUAGUACUGUCAAUAUUGAUUGAUAUUGGUAGCUUUUGGACAUAUGAAAAUCGUGAAAGUCUCAUUCCUCAGCAAGCACCAAACAAAGACGACUCAGUUCACGUCUGA